AUGAAGCUACGCUACUGCUUACUUCUUGUUACAUUACUAUUUGUCGCAAUCAAUGCGCAGGACAAUUGUGAGUCCAUAACGGACCUGCAAACAUGUGAGGCGAACCCAAGUUGUGUGUUCCUGUUCUACAAUACAUGCUGUGGCAAGGAGGUGCACUACUGUGUCAGCAAUAACAACUGUAACUCGGAGCUCAGCUGCAUGAAAUCAGACAAUGGCGACAUUGCAGAGUUCUGGAACACCUGUAGACCAAGCAAAGGUUUCUCUCACUACCAGAUGCCCAACGCCACCUGUGAGAGCCUGGGCUGCGCCGACAACUGUGACUGGAUCGAGUCGACCCCAUGUUACGGAACAUCCUGUUGCCCAAGAGUCCCAGUCUGCAAGGGUGCCUCCUCCGGAAGCUCAUCCUCUGGCUCGUCCUCUAGUUCAUCCUCAUCCUCUGGCUCAUCCUCGUCCUCGGGCUCAUCAUCCUCGUCAUCCAGCACUGGCACUCUUCCAAGAACCUGUGCCGGUUACGAGUGUGCUAGCACCCACCACUGUGUGAUGAUCUCCAACGUUCCAGUCUGUAUCCCAGUCUCCACCGGCACCACUGCCACUGGUACCUCUGGCUCAUCCUCAUCCUCUGGCUCCUCCUCCUCGAGCUCUGGUACCUCUGGUGGCGACCUCUGCCGCUACGUACAGUGUGACCCAAGCUCAUUCUGCUCGCUCAUCAACGGCAAGCCAAAGUGUAUCCCACACACUGUCACCUCGACCUCAGCCACCUCCACCUCUGGUACCUCUGGCACCUCUGGCGGCGACCUCUGCAGCCACUUGAGAUGUGACGUCGGCUUCCACUGCGAGUUGCUCGGUGCCAAGGCCACCUGUGUCGCUGACAAGCAAGGACUCUCAUGCGCCAACAUCAUCUGCCCACUCGGCUUCCACUGCUCAAUGUACACUGGCGUCCCAACCUGCGCCUGUGACAACGUCCCAGAGACCUGUGACAACUUCAAGUGCCCACCAAACCAGCACUGCGGUAUCGUCAAGGGCAAGGCCACCUGUCUUGCCGGCGCCCUCGUCACCACCACCGCCACCACCACUGCCACCACCGGAGUCACCACCACCGCCACCACCACCGCCACUCUCGGUGGAACAACAACCGCAACACCACCAACUGACUGCUGCACCAACUUCCAGUGCCCACAGGGUAAGAAGUGUGUCGAGGUCAACGACGUGCCAACCUGCGUGGACAUCCCCCACGUCUGUGCCUCCGUGGUCUGCCCCAACGGCCUCAAGUGCAUUGAGCUCAACAACAGCCCAACCUGUAUCAACGCCGACCAAUCCAUCCCACCCGUCUGUGUCAACGUCACCUGUCCAUGGGGCAGAAGAUGUGUUGAGCUGAACAACUGGGCCGCCUGUGUCCCCAACCCAACCCAGCCACCCAAGGAGGACUGCUGCGCUGGCGUCUGGUGCCCACCAAACCAGAAGUGCAUUGAGAACAACGGAGCUGCCCUCUGUGUUGCCGCCCAGCCAGACUGCUGCACCGGAGUCACCUGCCCAAUUGGCUUGAAGUGUGUUGACGUCCAGGGUGCCGCCACCUGUGUUACCAUCACCCCAACCCCAAGACCAGAUUGCUGCACCGGAGUUACCUGCCCAAUUGGCUUGCAAUGCGUUGACAUCAAGGGUGUUGCCACCUGUGUCACCAUCCAGCCAACCCCAAGACCAGACUGCUGCACCGGAGUCACUUGCCCAAUUGGCUUGAAGUGUGUUGACAUCAAGGGUGCCGCCACCUGUGUCACCAUCACCCCAACCCCAAGACCAGACUGCUGCACCGGCGUUACCUGCCCAAUCGGCUCCAAGUGUGUUGAUGUCCAGGGCGUUGCCACCUGUGUUACCAUCCAACCAACCCCCAAGCCAGACUGCUGCGCCGGAGUCACUUGCCCAAUUGGAUUGAAGUGCGUUGACCUCCAGGGUGUUGCCACCUGUGUCACCAUCCAGCCAACCCCAAGACCAGACUGCUGCACCGGCGUUACCUGCCCAAUCGGAGCCAAGUGUGUUGACAUCCAAGGUGUUGCCACCUGUGUCACCAUCACCCCAACCCCAAGACCAGACUGCUGCACCGGCGUUACUUGCCCAAUUGGCGCCAAGUGUGUUGACAUCCAAGGUGUUGCCACCUGUGUUACCAUCACUCCACAGCCAACCCUCAAGCCAGACUGCUGCACCGGCGUCACUUGCCCAAUUGGAUUGAAGUGUGUUGACCUCCAGGGUGUUGCCACAUGUGUCACCAUCCAACCAACCCCAAGACCAGACUGCUGCACCAACGUUGCCUGCCCAAUUGGCACCAAGUGUGUUGACAUCAAUGGAGUUGCCAACUGUGUUACCAUCACCCCACAGCCAACCCCAAGACCAGACUGCUGCACCGGCGUCGUCUGCCCAAUUGGCACCAAGUGCGUUGACAUCCAGGGCGUUGCCAACUGUGUCACCAUCACCCCAGCACCAACCAACUGCUGCACUGGCACCAUCUGCCCAGCUGGCAAGAGAUGUGAGGACCGCCAGGGAGUCGCCUACUGUGUUGACUUGAACCCAACUACCUUAAUCCCAACUCAGCCACCCACAGACAUUUGCUCCAGCAUCGCCUGUCCAGCAGGAAUGAGAUGUAUCUCGAACAAUGGCAAGGGUCAAUGCAUCUACAAUUAA